CCGGCCCACUGAAAGAGUAGCGGCCUGUGUAAAGAGAUCGUCCACACUUUUGUAGGGGAAAACGGCGAUAGUUUAUGACGGGAAAGGACAAUAGUUCGGAUGACAGUGGUGGCACUACGAUUCUGUUUGAUAUCAGCGACACAGGUAGGGGAUUUAACGCGAUGUUUCUUGUUUACGAACGCUGCAAACCGUACGUAAAAAUACUACAAACUUUUGCAAACUAAAACUUCAAGUAUUGGAACUUGGAAGUGCACGAGUACCGUAGUGUAGCGACGACGUGCAGUGUGUAUUGGGUGAUUGUACACGAUUACUGCAGCGGCGGACGUGGUUGUUGAUAACGUUAAACCCCGGAAAACUAUUUGUAGCGUGGACUUUCAAUAUUGUCUUCUGCCUUGAUUUAUUUUAGUUUAAAAACCAUGUUGGUUCUCAACACGUAUGUGCUGUCUAGUUGACGACGAAGCUACUGGGCUUGAAAACUGAGUGUGUUAGUGUGUGAAUGUUGCUGUUUUGGGACUGUGUGUGGUGGACUUCGUCGUCGUGGUGGUGAACCCAGUGAACUUUGCCGACGUGGAGAGGCGGUGUUUUGAAUCCUCUGCCCAGGCGAGAGGUUUAACCAGCCAUGUCCCUUCGUCGUGUAGUGGGCCGAAUAAUAGGAAAACAGGAACUGGGUACAGUUUUCCUGAGCCUGAUUCUUGGUUUUAUGUUAGCGACAUGGCUGCGUGUUCGCCAGGGAAUGGACCUGGAGUCCGAUGCCAUGGAUAGAAUAGCAAUGGCGAAUAAAAGAUGCAAUGCAGCUGUGAAUCCGAGGGCGGCACCCCAGGACUCUACGGUGCCGCCUUCGCCUCCAAAGAAUUUAAUUUAUGUUGGUGUUAUAACGGCAGAGAAAUAUCUCUCGACGCGGGCAGUCGCUGUUAAUCGGACUUGGGCAAAGACAAUCCCGGGCAAAGUGGGUUUUUAUUCAAGCGCUACGUCGUUCAUGGAGCCUGGACUCAACCUCCCCCUCGUGAGACUUCAAGGGGUCGAUGACUCUUACCCUCCUCAGAAAAAGUCUUUUCUCUUGCUUAAACACAUGCACGAUCAUUACAUUGAUAAGUUUGAAUGGUUCAUGCGUGCUGACGACGAUGUCUACGUGCGAGGCGACAAGUUGGAAACUUUUCUUCGCUCCAUCAACAGCAGCCAGCGUCUGUUCAUCGGCCAGGCGGGACUUGGGAAGCAAGAAGAACUCGGUCUAUUGAACUUGGAAACGGGGGACAAUUUUUGUAUGGGCGGGCCUGGAAUGAUUUUUAGCAGGGAAACUCUACGCCUUGUUGUGCCGCAUAUAAGCUACUGCCUCAAGAAUAUGUGGAGCAUUCACGAAGAUGUGGAAGUUGGAAGGUGCAUCAAGAAAUUUGCUGAGAUCGAUUGCACGUGGGCUUAUGAGGUUUUGUCUGGCCUGCAGUCUGGUAGCAGACCUUCCACUGAGCUCCCCCAUGCCCCAAAUCAGGGUUUGGUUGAGUUUGUGGUCUGUCCACAGACUCUAUCGCCACCACCCCCAGACAUACUCUGUCUCAGGUGA